AAUCGCUGUUUGGUUCCUUUAAGCUUAUUCCGAUUUCAGUGCUAUUUUGUGGAAAUGCUGAGGCAUCAGCUUUUGGGUUUAGCUCUCUUUUGCUUCCCUUUCUUCUCCUCUGUUCCAGUUGAAGCCCUUAAUAUUGGAAUUCAGGUGGCUGGUUCAUCCGUCACCGUGAGCAGAGAAUGCAGUAGAAUAUGUGAGUCACAGUUCUGUACAGUGCCUCCAUUUCUGAGAUAUGGAAAGUAUUGCGGCUUAUUGUACAGUGGAUGCCCUGGAGAGAGACCUUGCGACGGACUUGAUGCUUGCUGUAUGAAGCACGACGCCUGCGUUGGAGCUAAGAACAAUGACUAUUUGAGUCAAGAGUGCAGCCAAAGCUUCCUAAACUGCAUGAGGAAUUUCCAGAGGGCAGGAGGGAGGACUUUCAUGGGAAACAAAUGCCGAGUGGGUGACGUCAUUGAUGUCGUCACUGUUGUCAUGGAGGCAGCUUUAGUUGCUGGACGAGCUUUUCGUAAACCAUAG